AAAUAUUGAGGAGACAUCUAGUGUCGAAUUUAUCAUCUAACCAUGAGUAAUUUCAGAGAACAAUGGGAGUGGACAGUAAACGGUUUACAGGUCCACAGGAUUCUGUGGAUUAUAGACUUUUUUCACAACAAACAAAUUUUCAGACUAAACGGAUCGGAAGAACUAAUGAUGAGCAGAGGAAGGUUUACCUGAAAACUGGAAUCAUUUCACAAGCCAAGGGGUCAGCUUACUUAGAACUAGGAGACACAAAGGUUAUGGUGGGUGUUUACGGACCCAGAGAGAUCCCUAAACGUUCAGAUUUCUCCAUGAAAGGAGUUCUAUCUUGUGAGUUUAAAUUUGCACCUUUUGCUUGUAAAACAAGAAGAGGACAUCAGGUGUGAGGAUUUUUUUUGCGAGGAUGGAAAAUUUAUAUAAA